AUGAGAAGUGGCUUCAUCAAAAGUGCCUAUGACCCAUGUGUUUACUUCAACAACACACUCUAUCUUCUUCUCUAUGUAGAUGACAUACUGUCAAUAGGGAAAAGCAAGAGUGAGAUUAGUGACAUGAAGUUGUUAUUGAAGUCAGAAUUCGAGAUGAAAGACCUAGGUGAAGCUAAGAAAAUCCUAGGCAUUGAGAUUAAAAGAAGCAGGCCAGAAACACUAAUGUUGACUCAGGAAAGCUACCUUAGAAAGGUUCUGCAGAAGUUUAACAUGGACAAGUCAAAACCAGUGUCAACUCCCUUAGCUGCUCACUUCAAGCUAUCCAGAGAUCAGUCUCCAAAGACAGAACAAGAUAGAGCAGCUAUGGAUUCAAUACUCUAUGCCAGUUGGGUUGGAAGUUUGAUGUAUGCUAUGGUCUGCACAAGGCGAGACAUAGCAUAUGCAAUGAGCAUUGUGAGCAGGUUCAUUGCAGAUCCUGGAGAAGAGCACUGGUGUGCUCUUAAGUGGAUAAUGAGAUACAUUGCAGGGACACUUGAUCUAGGCCUAACCUAUAGCUCCAAGUACAAGUCACAAUUAGAGGUAGUUGGCUAUGUGGACUCAGACUAUGCAGGCUGCGUAGACACCAGAAGAUCCUUGACAGGGUAUGUGUCUACAAUGCAAGGAGGAUGUGUAAGCUGGAAAUAA